AGCCUCCAAGAAUGGACUCAAACAAGGGGAUGUCAACUCGACUUCUCGAUCCAUCAGCGGUGGACCUCUCCUCGUCCUCCAGUCUUGUGCCGUAUCGCCAAGGCUUCGUACAGAGGUCCUUCGCUCCGCUCACUGCGGGAGGCAUCAGGCAAUCAACGUUUACACUCAUCUCGACGGCUAUGGGAGGUGGAGUCCUCUGCCUACCAUAUGUUAUGAAACAGGUUGGCAUCAUCAACGGAGUGCUUUUGUUGAGCAUCUCGUCGCUUAUCGCUUUCGUCACAAUGUACAUCCUCAUUAUGUGUACUGUUAGAGUGAACAAGCAUUCGUACGGUUCUCUCCUCGGCUACUGUGCAGGCAAAUGGGUUGCUCCAGUGUUGGACAUCAUACUCUUCUUCUACGGCAUGGGUGCUGUCAUCGCUUACUUCAUCCUACUCGGUGACUUCUUGCCAGCCCUGUUCCAGCUGGUCGGCGUCACGGUUGCAAGUCGUACGAUCUGCAUGGUCGGGGCGGCAGCCUUUGCGGUACCCCUGGUGCUUCCCCGUCGUUUGUCGGCUCUACAGUACGUCUCUCCAGUGGCCACCUUCUCGCUCAUUCUCACGGCAGCCAUCACGAUGGUCAAGGCACGCGGUCAAGCUUCAUUGUUGCCCCCCGAAGCCCCGAUGGAUUUGCUCAUUUUCGGGUGGCCUCUGCUGAAAUGCUUUACCAUCACACUAUUUGCCUACAUCUGUCACAUGAAUGUAGUUCCAGUCGCUGGGGAGCUUGUCGAUCCUACUCCGACCAGAGUCCUCAAAGUGACCUCCAGAGUGGCGUUCGUACAACUGUCUUUCUACAUCGUCAUCGGUGUUGCUGGCUACAUUAGUUUUUCUCAUCUGACCAAUCAAAAUUACAUCACUAAUUACUCAUCGGGUGACGUCCUCAUCAGUUUAUGUCGUCUAUCGCUCUCAUGCAGCCUUCUCUUCUCCCUACCGAUUAACACUAAUCCUACUGCCAAGGCCGCGGUGCAUUUUUUCCAGUCUGUUCGAGAGCUCAUGGCCGACUCCAGAGGUGACAACCUCCUUGGCAGAAGGCGUGUCCUGUCAUCUGCUGAUGUCGAGAAUGCGAGCGAGAGAGCAACAAGAAUCUUCUUCAGCUUUUUUGUUUUGGCUGUUACUCUGACUAUCGCUAUCUUGGUCCCCGGUGUGGCUGAUGUAGUGUCUUUGCUAGGAGGCUCUCUCGGGACUAUCAUAAUGAUCAUCUGCCCGGUGUACAUUUUCAUCACAAUAAUGAGGAGCGAAUCGAAGACAAUUUUGGGUCAAAUUGUGGUAUGGUCUUUGAUUCUAGCAGCGCUUGUGGCGAUGACAGCCGUGUGCUUGAUGGUCACCAACUCAAUGAAGAUUACCCACGUGCCUCUAGCUGUGAACUAGAGAGCUUACUAUUGCCAACACGUGGCAUUCUUCCGAGGUCACCUGCAUUUUUUUAUUUGACUGUCUAUCGUUAGUUCUCCUCGUGAUUAAGUAAUUCAGCUCCCGGUUUAGGUAUCGGCUCCGACCUGCCCAGUGUGAGGGUCUUAAGAGUUUUCUGGCAGUAUAGUCCUGCUGGGAGGACUAGAGAAAAGUGACGUACAUAUUUUAGAACUACUCGUCAUACCAUUUCGUUGGAUUUGACGUGGACACUUG